AUGGCAAUUGAGUCUUAUCCAACCAUCUCCGCAGGGGACAAUAAGGCCUACAUGGAGUAUGUCUUGACGCUCGCCGAGCGGUCCCCUCCCAAACCGACCAACUUCCGUGUUGGGGCAUGUCUUGUCGACGCGGACAAAAAUGAGAUCCUCGCCACUGGUUACACGCUCGAAUGCGAGGGCAACACCCAUGCCGAACAAUGCUGUUUCAUCAAGCUAGCCCAGCAGCAUCAAGUCGAGGAAGAUGACCUAGGUCCUCUACUGCCGCCAUCCGCGGUCCUUUACACAAGCAUGGAGCCGUGCAAUCUGCGGUUGAGUGGGAAUUUACCCUGUACCGACCGGAUCUUGCAGAUGGGAGGCGCCAUCAAAACGGUCUACGUCGGAGUCAAGGAGCCGGAGAAAUUUGUAGGCGAGAAUCAGGGCAGGAAGAAACUUGAGGAUGCCGGGAUCGUGGUCGAACAUGUCAGUGGGUUGGAAUCCAUGAUCCUGGAGGUUGCUACCGCUGGGCAUGAAAAGUAG